AUGAUGACGGAGGAUGACAUAUAUCAACUCAUUGUUAAGAAUCUUGCAACCUAUGAUUCUCUAUUAGAGCAGUUGCAAGCUAGUUUUGAAGAAGGUUACCAUCAGUUGAGCAGAGCGAAUUAUCACAAUAAGAACACACUUCGAGGAUCAUAUGGUAAGGAUUACUGGGACGAAACUUAUACAGGAAACAGGUAUAUCUCCAUUAAUGACAAGCACUCUGUUUCGGAGACUGAAGAGCCGUUGCAUAUUGCCAAUGACGAAGAAAUCAUUCCUGAGAAAGAUGAAGCAACCAAUGAGAAUUUAAAGAAGAGAAAACAAAGAGAAAAACUAUUGGCAAAGGUGAAGAAGGAUCCUAUAUAUAUGUUCGGAGGUGCCCUUUCAAUCCCAAGCUCUUUGAAACAAUGUCAAUUAUCUUUCAAAGCUUCGAUGCCGGUACUUUAUCAACUACUAGAACUUCGACGUACUCUUAAUGGUCUACUUGACGCACUAGGGACUCUGUCAAAUUCAGCUUAA